GGUAUUCCCAGCCAGGGCAACUUGGGCAAACCCUGGGGGCGGCUCCUGCCGCACGCUCUGGUCAGCCUCCCCUUUAAAAAAACCCGCCCGCGGAGGAGGCGGAUGUAGGGGCGGCCCGUCCAAUGGCAGCUGCGCGCCUCGGGAGACUUGCAGACUUGAGCCAGAGCUAGCGACAGAGCCGAUUCACACCCGACAGACGGACGGAGGGUCAGACUGCCGCCAAGGCACGCCCACUGACCCCGGCCCGGCCGGGUCCCUCAUUCCAGCCCCUGCGCCCGCUGCAGCCCUAGAUCCAGCGCGAUGCGCGGCCCUGGAGGCGGGACGCGGGCGACCACUGUCCCCGGGCCCAUGAGUCCUGGCCCCUAACGCCCGGCGUCGCCGCCCUGCCAAGGGAGGGCCGCGGGGACCCCACCUCAGCUGGCGUAGGAGCCCUGCGGGUGGGGCCUGCCCAGCCCCGCCAGGCGAGCCGGCCCACCAUGCUCCUUCUGUCGCCGCGCAGCGCUCUCCUCUCCGUCUAUUGCCCGCAGAUCUUUCUCCUCCUGUCCAGCGGCAGCUACCUAGCACUGUCGUCCGUGGUGGCUCUGGGAGCCAACAUCAUCUGCAACAAGAUUCCUGGCCUGGCCCCACGGCAGCGUGCCAUCUGCCAGAGCCGGCCCGAUGCCAUCAUUGUGAUAGGGGAGGGCGCGCAGAUGGGCAUCAACGAGUGCCAGUACCAGUUCCGCUUCGGCCGCUGGAACUGCUCCGCCCUUGGCGAGAAGACGGUCUUCGGGCAAGAGCUCCGAGUAGGGAGCCGUGAGGCCGCCUUCACUUACGCCAUCACUGCAGCCGGCGUGGCACAUGCGGUCACAGCCGCCUGCAGCCAGGGCAACCUGAGCAACUGUGGCUGUGACCGUGAGAAGCAGGGUUACUACAACCAGGCGGAAGGCUGGAAGUGGGGCGGCUGCUCCGCCGAUGUGCGCUAUGGUAUUGACUUCUCCCGGCGCUUCGUGGACGCCCGUGAGAUCAAGAAGAACGCCCGGCGCCUCAUGAACCUGCACAAUAACGAGGCCGGCAGGAAGGUUCUGGAGGACCGCAUGAAGCUGGAGUGUAAGUGUCAUGGUGUGUCAGGCUCCUGUACCACCAAGACCUGCUGGACCACGCUGCCGAAGUUCCGGGAGGUGGGCCACCUGCUCAAGGAGAAGUACAACGCGGCCGUGCAGGUGGAGGUGGUGCGCGCCAGCCGCCUGAGGCAGCCUACCUUCCUGCGCAUCAAGCAGCUGCGCAGCUACCAGAAGCCCAUGGAGACGGACCUGGUGUACAUCGAGAAGUCGCCCAACUACUGUGAGGAGGAUGCAGCCACAGGCAGCGUGGGCACACAAGGCCGCCUGUGCAACCGCACGUCACCGGGCGCUGACGGCUGUGACACCAUGUGCUGUGGCCGUGGCUACAACACGCAUCAGUACACCAAGGUCUGGCAGUGCAACUGCAAGUUCCACUGGUGCUGCUUCGUCAAGUGCAACACCUGCAGUGAGCGCACAGAGGUCUUCACCUGCAAGUGAGCGCCCUGCCCGCCCGCACCGUGGCGAUUUGCACAUGCUCCCCUGCUCCACCGCUGCCAGCUGCGGGCAGAGGUGGGUGGAGGAGGUGAGAGCCCCUGGUGCAGCCAGUGCCUGCAUCCGCUCCCCAGGUCCCGGGGCUCCUUCCCCACCUCUGCUGUCACCUCCCGUGGCAG